CUCUGCACAUGCGCCAAGCGGGAACCAACAAUACCGUUGAUAUGUUGGAAAACACCACUUCAACUAUGUAGUCAAUAGCUAUUCUUGUGUUUUCGGAGUUAACCUUUUAACGCCGGGUUCGGUUCUGUCCUCCAGCGAGGCUUUUGUUUUGACAUGUUUUUAUGUCUGCAGUGUUCACCAACCGCAUCAUGUAGUUAAAUGUGUUACUGCCAGAGUCUCUAAUUAUUAUUUUACGAAACUUGGAAACGUCAUUGAAACUGUAGUUGUGACGGGAUGCAAGAAUCGUUGGUUUUCUUUGACUUGGAGACAACUGGACUGGGGCGGGAUUGUGAGAUCGUGCAGCUGGCGGCGGUGAGCGGGGGCCACUUCCUUAACCUCUACGUGGUCCCCCGGUGCCGGAUGGAGCGCGGGGCCUCCAGAGUGACCGGCCUCAGGGUCCGCAGGCAGAGACUGUACCUCCGUCGCCGACUCGUCCCCACCAACUCCCUGCGGGAGGUCCUGGUCGCCUUCAUCGCUUUCCUCCGGAUGCUCGGGCGCCCUCUCGUCCUCGGCCACAACAUCCGCCGCUUCGACUGCCCGCUGCUGGCCCGCGCCCUCGACCAGCUGGACCUCGGGGUGCAGUUCUGGUCGGCGGUCUCCGGCUGCGUGGACACCCUGCCGCUGGCCCGGGAGACGCUGAAGGACCGCGGCCUGCAGAGCUUCCGGCAGACGGACCUGGUGCGGGAGCUGCUGGGCGCGGACUACGAGGCCCACGACGCCCUGGAGGACGUGCGGGCGUUGCAGGCGCUGUACGGUGAACUCCGGCCCUCGCCCGAGUCGAUCCGCAGGCACGGGUUCACCCUGGACACCAUGGGGGACAAACCGGCCCCCAAAUGCAAAGCGCCCCGCGAGCUACCGGGACAGCGCUCCCUGUGGGAGAACUUAAGAGCAGCGGUGAAGGUCAACGACGGCAAAGACGACCCGGCGGAACGCGGGAGAGCCUCGGGAGAAGGCAACACAAAGGAAAGAUGAGGGACGUGUGCAGAGACAUCAGGAGGACGUCAGGAGGACAUCAGGUUUCGUCAAUGUGGAGUUUCAUUCCGCUUCCGACUUUCCCAUUUACGAUCAUUCCAAAAAACAAUAUGCACUUAAAUUUAACGCACAAUGUUGAUCGGAGUGUCAGUAUUAUUUAUGGGAAUGUAAUGAUUUUUAAGUUUUGAGUUUCCCAAAUCUUCACCAGUUAUUUGUGCAACGACAAACGGGCGUGACGGGUCUGAGAAUCAUAAAGCCAAGUUUGCACAAACAUGUGAACUGGGAUGGCUGUAUGACAUGUGCCUAAUGUGUACAUUUUGGUUACUGGGGAUAAGUUAUGCACUUUUGCCCUAGUAAAUUUCGAGGUUUCAAUAAGUAAAUAAAUAAUAAACGUGUUGUAUUUCUACA